CACUUCAUCACCAAUUUCAGCAUCAUCCAUGUAGAAAUCGGACACGUCAAAUUUAGGCAAAAUUGGAUUGAUAUCAUCAGCAUAAUUAGCUUCCACAUUUUUCCCUUUUCCUUUUGUGGAAGCUUGGUAUAAUUUAACCAAAUGUUUUGCCGUUCGACAUUCAUUCGCCCAGUGUCCUUUUAUGCCACAUUUGUAGCAUUCACCACUUGGUUUUGGCUUUUCAUGAGUUUUAGCCUGUGGUGGUUUGAAUUUUCCUUUUCCUUUGAAGGAUGAUCCAUUUGGAUUUUUAUAGCCCCUAUUUGGCCCUUUGUUGUGAUAUAAUAUAUUUCUGAUUUCUUCUCUCUAUUAACUUCUCACUCUUCUUCUUAUUCUCAAUUGUGAUUACAAUGCAGGGAUUAAGCCUCUAUUUAUAGUGGAGAGGCUUGUGCUAAUCUAAUGAUAAUCUUCUAUUUAGCAACCAAAGCCUUCAUCUAAUGGCCGUGAUCACGUUGAGCAAGAUCUUCUAAAAUGGUUGAACCCAACCUCCAAGAUCUUCUAGUGCUAAUCUAAUGAUAAUCUUCUAUUAUUGGUUCAAAUGGAAUUGACAUUUUUAGCAAGUUUAAAGGGCCAAAGCACAAACUAACUUGUUGAUUGUUCCCCACUUGUAGAGUAAUCUAGUUGUGAGUACUCUUCCAACCAUGUUUCAUGAUUCCAUUAUUGCCCUUCAAGAACACUAUGCCUUUCUCAUCAUCUCUGGCUGCGCCUUCAUCUUUCUCGGGUGGUUUUCAUGGAUUCUCCUGCUCAAGAAUCCAACAAGCAAGCAGCAGCCGCCGCCGCUGCCCCCAGGCCCCAAACCACUUCCCCUGGUCGGAAACCUCCUCUCCCUCCGCCCCGACCUCCAUGCCCACUUCGCGGACCUGUCCCAAGUCCACGGCCCCAUCUUCACCGUCUGGCUCGGCAGGAAGGUCGGGAUCGUCGUCACCUCGCCCGCCCUGGCCCGCGCGGUGCUCAAGGAUCACGACGCCGCCUUCGCGAACCGCGACGUCCCCGCCGCCGGCCGGGAAGCCACAUACGGCGGCAGGGACAUCGUGUGGACCCCGCACGGCGCGGAGUGGAGGAUGCUGAGGAAGAUCUGCGUGCGCGAGAUGCUCGGGAGCUCGGCCCUCGACUCUCUCCGCCACCUCCGGCGGCUGGAGGUCAGGCGGGCGGAGAGGUUCUUCCACGGCCAGGCCGGGCAGCCGGUGAACAUCGGAGAACAGAUGUUCCUGACCGUGCUCAACGUGAUCACGGCCAUGAUCUGGGGCGGCACCGUGACGGCAGGGGAGAGAAUCGGAUUGGAGUUCAGAGAGAUCGUCGGUGAAAUGUCGGAGCUGUUAGGGUUUCCGAAUGUUUCGGAUUUUUAUCCCAAUUUGGCUAGAUUUGAUCUGCAAGGGGUCUGCAGAAAUAUGAAGGCUUUGGUUGCUAAGCUUGACGGGAUCUUCGAGACUGUAAUUGAUCGGAGAUUGGGAAUGGAAGAUGGGGAGAAGAAGGGUAAUAAGGACUUUUUGCAGGUUUUGCUUGAGCUGAAAGAUAGUGAAGGAGAUGAGAAAACGCCUUUCACCAUUACUCAUCUCAAAGCCGUGUUAAUGGAUAUGGUCGUUGGCGGAACCGAAACAACCGCAAACACCUUGGAGUUCGCGAUGGCCGAGAUCAUGAAGCAACCCGAGGUCCUAACAAAGCUACGGGACGAGCUAGACAACAUAGUGGGAAGAGACAACAUAGUUGAGGAGUCUCACAUUCAUCACCUCCCAUACUUGCAAGCCGUGAUGAGAGAAACCCUCCGUCUCCACCCCGCCCUGCCCCUCCUGGUCCCACACUGCCCCAGCGAAACCCGCACCGUUGGGGGGUACGCGGUCCCCAAAGGCACCCGCGUGUUCGUGAACGUCUGGGCGAUCCAGAGGGACCCGCGUGUUUGGGAAAACCCUCUCGAGUUCAGGCCCGAGAGGUUUUUGGAGGGUGACAAGAAAUGGGAUUUCAGUGGAAGGGAUUUUGAGUAUCUGCCGUUUGGUUCGGGGAGAAGGAUCUGUGCUGGAGUAGGGUCGGCUGAGAGGAUGUUCAUAUAUGCACUUGCCACCAUGAUUCAUUCCUUUGAUUGGAAUCUUCCUGGAGAUGCAGAGGAAUUAGAGCUUUCAGAGAAGUUUGGGAUUGUGUUGAAGAAGAGAGUUCCUCUGGUUUUAAUCCCCACUCCGAGGUUGUCUCCCUCAAGACUCUAUGAGUAAGGUGUGUAAGUAUUGGUGUUAAUCCAAGAUUUUAGUAUUUGUAAGUUUAAAGCCAAAAUAGUUUUAUGAGAAACUUUAUGUUGUAAAAUUUUUACUAUAUGAAUAAUCAUCACUCAAAUAGGAUGAAGUUUGAAUUUAGACUUAGCAAAAAAUGACCCGAUCUGUUUAUGACCCAAGAUCCGACCCCAAAAAAUUAGGUUUUGAACAAAGAUGACCUGAAAUG